ACUCACGCGCGAGCGCCCGACUAUUUCACGAGGAUAACCACAGGCGCGAGGACCGUAAAAGGACACUAUCCGGGAAAAGAAAAUUUAUUUCAUGCACAUCUGAGAUUCUCAGACUUCCGCGAGCGUGUGCAUGUGCGCGUUUUAUCAGACUGGAUGAAAAUGAUGCAAAGUGCGGCUGUGUUGCCCGGUGAGAGCGCGGUGAAGGGUCUGCCGGACAUCCUCGGAGUGCCACUGCAACAGAUCCCCCAGUGCGCAGGCUGCAGUCAACACAUCCUGGAUAAGUUUAUUCUGAAGGUGCUGGAUCGUCAUUGGCACUCAAAAUGUCUCAAGUGCGCCGACUGUCACGCGCUCCUGGCAGACAAGUGUUUCUCUCGCGCUGGGAAUGUCUACUGCAAAGAGGAUUUCUUCAAGCGUUUCGGGACAAAAUGUGCAUCGUGCCAGCAAGGGAUUCCCCCGACGCAGGUGGUCCGGAAAGCUCAGGACUUUGUGUACCACCUUCACUGCUUCGCCUGUGUAAUGUGCAGCAGACAGCUGGCCACUGGUGAUGAGUUUUACCUCAUGGAGGACGGGAGGCUCGUGUGCAAGGAGGACUAUGAAACAGCCAAACAAAAUGAUGAUUCAGAGACAGGAGCAAAACGUCCACGGACCACCAUUACAGCCAAACAGCUGGAGACACUCAAAAGCGCCUACAAGAACUCGCCUAAGCCAGCACGACAUGUGCGCGAGCAGCUCUCCUCAGAAACAGGCCUGGACAUGAGAGUGGUGCAGGUGUGGUUUCAAAACAGACGAGCAAAAGAGAAACGCUUGAAGAAAGAUGCUGGUCGGCACCGCUGGGGUCAGUUCUACAAAAGUGUCAAACGCAGCCGAGGGUCCAGUAAGACGGAGAAGGAGAGCUCAGCCGAUGAUGCAGGACUCAGCGAUAGCGAGCUUAGUUUCAGAGAAGACCAGAUCCUGUCAGACCUGGGUCACGCUAACGGCUUGUACGGAAGCAUCGGAGACGUCUCGAACGGCAACAUGCUCAAUGGGAACUUCUCCCUGGAGGGGGGCGGGCAGCCUUACCAUGACCUGCGGGCAGGAAGUCCCUACGGCCUGCCACAGUCACCCUCAUCCAUCACUUCCCUCCCAGGCCACACCCCGCUGCUCAACAACUUAGGCUUCAGCAUGGACGGGAUCAUGGGUCAGGGCGGUCAGCCUAAUGUAGGUCAAGCUCUGAGAGCAAUGGCGGGAGGACCCACCUCUGACCUGUCGACAGGAAGUAGCACGGGCUACCCAGACUUCCCCACCAGCCCUGCCUCAUGGCUCGAUGAAAUGGACCACUCCCAGUUCUGAGGUCAAAGGUCAUAAUGGAAAGUGCGGUACUAUAGACAAAGACGUUUGAAGAUUUUAUAGACAUCUUUCCCAGAACUGUGGCGAAAUGUUUGUGUGGCGAGGGUAUUUGGUACGCCUAAAAUGGCACCUACUUCAACCUUGCUGAAUGGCGUGCUGAUACGAGCAACCCGCCGUGGAAUGUCUGCGCUGUAUCAUAAUUUUGUAACUCAUAUUUUUUCAUUGUUCUCAAAACUGGAUUGGACGAUUUCCAGCAUGAAAUGGCGUGCGGCUGAGAAUGGCGUUCAAAGCCCAGACCACCCUGGAAAAACAAUCACGAUCCGCCACGUUUCUGAGAACAAGAGGGUCCAUGCAUGUUUCCGAAUGAGGAAGAGAACCGUCCAUGUUCAAAAUGGCGACGCACUUUAUGUUCCUCCUCGACUGCACACGGCAGGCUGAACACGGGAAAAAGAGGAGCGCACCGAGCAAGGAGAGAUAUUUAAACAAGUGGCACAAGUGUAUCUUUCCUACUUACAAGGGUUUGGGAUUUUAAUGGUUGAAACUUUCUAAACGGCUCUACUAGAGGUGGCCCUUCACAUUAGGUCUGAAGAAGAGAUAAAGAUUAUUUUUUAAUAAGGAUGAAUCCGCAUGCACUGCUCUGAUGCUCUCUCUGUCAACGGUCCCUGUCCAUUCAAUACUUUUACGUUAAAUCCAGGCAUCCUGGAUAAGCAAUGAAACAAAACACCUUGGUUAAAAGUUUAAAAUAAAGGUUAAUAUUUAUUUCCGGCACUAUUUAAUAUAUUUGAUAAUAAUAAGGUUGGUAUUACCAACAUACAUUUGUUUUCCAUUGCUAUUCCCAGUCAUUGCUCCAUGAGCAAAAUAGAUAUCAUACAUGCAUUAGAAUGUAAUUUAUUUCAGAGCAGAUGACAACAGUGGAUUUUUUUUUUUUUUUUUAAUCAGAAUAUGUGAUUGGGCCAUUACACAGACACAAGUAUGGCCUGAACAAUUAUUAUCAAGCAAAACAUGUGAAAGGGAAAACUUACAUUUCUUAUUUAACACAUUUAGCAACAACUACGAGGAUUUUGUGUUAUUUAUUCCUGUUAUGGGUACCAAUGUCAGUAUUAUGAAGAGUUGGAUUAUGGGAAAGAGUAUGUGUUGAUGUAAAACUAUAAAACUGGUGACACAAUUGUAAACACAAGGAAAAUAAUUCAAAUUUUAAUAUUGCAAAUUUUGGACCCACAUAAUGGUGACUGAGUAAAGAUGACGCUAUGCUGAAAGAGUGAACAUAAGCUAACAAAGGGCAACAUGAAAAAAGAAAAAUAACCAUUCAGAAAUGUUUUUGUUGAGUCUUAAUGGCUGUAAAUUUUGUAAAGUCUCAAAAAGUGUCGACAGUCUUGUUUCAUGAGCACUAUUUAUUGCUAUGGAUCUUUGAAAAAAAGAGCACUGAAUUUAGUCCUAUAUGCCUUCUGUCCAAUGGUAUGAGUUUGUGUACAGUCAAAUCUAUAUGGAGAAAUAAAGCCGAAUUGUCUUUGGGUUACUGCA